AUGAGCAUAAACAACGAUAGCUGGAUUGUUCGUGGCUUCAAGUAUGUUUCAAAUGAAACUCAGAAGAUUGGCAUCGUUCCUGAUACAGCAAUCCUCUCCAUUCUACUCAUUAUAUCAUUAGCUAUCUUAAUCAUCUGCUGUUUCCUCAGAAUGUUCUGUUGCCCAUAUCGAAAAACCAAAUCUCCUGGUAGCCCAUAUACACGUAGAGAAUUAUUAUGUAAAAAGGGUUUGUUUGCGUUAAUGUUGGCUCGUCUUGAUGAAUUUGAUACACUGACUCCAUUGAUCCUCACUCCUGGCGCUUCCACCAUCUCAACAGAGAAAACAUCCGAAAAUCAGAACCAAAACCACGAAGCUUUCCGUUUUUCAUCUGUUCGCCAAGAUUCUGAAUCUCCGCCGCCUCCUAGGCGUCAUCAGCAAGGACGAACUCUGAUCGUCCCACUCAACACGAGUAGAUAUCGAGCACCUUUAGUUCCGUUAUUGGGUACACCAGAUAGUCGAGUAACUUCCAUUGAAGGAGGGACAACUAAGAGUUGUGCCACAAUCCCAGAGUGCGAUGAGGAAGUCUCGCCCAGUUGCGAAAGAAUAGAUGACUUAGUUUCAAUUGAUAGAACAUCCAUAUCCGCAUCAGAUCAAAAAUCAUCUCGUUAUUACUUCUCUCCGUCUUCUUAUAACCUAGUCAUGCCUCAUCACCCUCCCGAAUUCCAGUCAUCAUCAAGCGGCUUUUCAUGCCCGCUUCCCGUUCCAACAUAUUCCGCUCCCGAAAUUCCCAGACCGACAACUUUACUACCUCAACGAAAAACAGAUGAUGCUAGUAGUAUUGGAAGCCCUAAUUCUUCAUUAGGGACAUCACCUAUCGAUACAACGGGCUCCGCAAGUGAUAGUUUCUACAUAAACAGCGAUGUCAUAUCAUCAACAAAUGGAUCCGUUGUGUUAGAUGGAACAGCCUGUAAUGAUUCAGACACCCAUUCCAAGUACCUGUUACAUCGAAUUGAGGAAGAAUCAGAAGCAGUAGAUGACUCAACAACAGGCUGUCGCUAUCCAUUGAACACAGUUGCUAGUUCGGAAAUGCCUCGAAGUAUCUCCCAACAGUUCGAAAUGAUGCGACGCAGUUAG